GGUUACUAACUUUUGUGAGACUGCCAUGCUGCUUACCUGCCCGACGAGGACAAAACAUCCGUUGUGAAUUUGAAAUUGAUUUUAUCGGAGUGAUUUUGAAAUUGUUGUCUUAACUGACUGCACACAUUUCCUCGAUUGGGCAGUCUCCGUGCCGGACGUAAAAUUAAGCUCGUGCAGUCAGAAAAAUGGGAAACGUGAUCGCAUCAAGUUCGCCGCCCCCGGCAGCGGUCCCCAUUCCUCUUGGUCCCUCCGAGGCGAGCCCUGCCGAAGAAUCGAAAAAACCUGAAGUCUCCUUACUAAGUAAAGAUCCUAACCUCAUAAAUCCCGGACCCAUGGAGGAGCUCCACAGGAAGUGCAAAGAGGUGUUUCCCAUGACCUUUGAAGGGGCCAAGUUCAUGGUUAACAAAGGAAUCAGCCAGCAUUUCCAAAUCAGCCAUACAUUGAAUAUCAGCUCAGUAAACCCAGCGCAGUCAGGGUACAAAUUUGGAGCUAACUACGUCGGGACGCAGCAAAUCAGCCCCUCGGAAGCUUUUCCUAUUUUAGCCGGAGACAUCGACCCCAGUGGCACAUUGAAUGGCAACAUCAUUCACCUCCUUCACCCCAGGAUAUUGGGCAGAUUUGUGUCCAAGAUCCAAAGCAACAAGGUUGUGGGUAUGCAGGGCACUUUGGACUACAAAGGUGAUGACUUCACCGCCUCUCUGACAGCAGCUAACACAGACAUUGUCAAUAGUUCUGGCGUUCUCGUGGGCCAUUAUCUCCAGUCGGUGACAAAGAACGUAGCACUUGGUGCUGAAAUUGCGUACCAGUACGGACCUCAGGUGCCUGGCUUCCAUGCGACGGUCAUUAACGUUGCUGGUCGGUACGCUUGUGACCAGUUCACGGCCAGUGGAACAUUUGGCGCAUCAGGUGUUCAUGCCUGCUAUUACCAAAAGUGCAGUGACACUCUCCAGAUUGGAGUGGAAAUGGAAACAAAUUUAAGGAUGCAGGAGUCAACAGCACAAAUUGGCUACCAGAUUGAUCUUCCCAAAGCUAAUUGUGUUUUCAAAGGCAUGGUUGACACCUCGUGGACUGUUGGAGCGACGUUGGAGAAGAGACUGCUGCCCAUGCCAUUCACGCUCAGCCUCUGUGGGCAAAUGAACCAGCGCAACGGACAGUUCCGUCUCGGCUGUGGUUUUAUUCUAGGCUGAGCAGAUUAUGUGUGUGCAUGUUAAGCAGAAAUAGAAAUGUUGUUUUGUUCAAAAAACAAGCAAAAAUAAAAAGAAAGAAACAGUUGAAUUUCUUGUUAGCCGCCUGACUUGAAACAGGUGGCGGUCGGUGGCUUUUCGACCAAUUAGUUUUUUCUGUUAAUGCGUGAGAAUUUAUUGCAUGCCUCCAACUGUUUGAUUUGACAAAAAUUUAAUUCUGUUUUAACUAUUAAAUUUAGUUACUUUAAGCAAAUAGUAUGAUAAGGGGCAUCAAAUCUCGGAGGCAUGCAACGCACAAGACCGCCACUGCUUUAAGCAUUACUAAGCCACCACAUUCUCACUACCGCAUUUCUUGCAAUUGUCUCAACUCGAUUACUGUUGGCUGACUAGUCAGGAGCUCCUAAAAUUUAUCAAUAAAAAAUAGUCUUUGCCUCAUAUCCAUCGAAGGCUAAGUUUUGUCUAAUUUAUUUUCUGAUUUAUCAGAUUGCUGCCUGAUAAACUCUUUAUUAAAACGAUGAGCCAGAAAAUUCUCAUUUCAGAAUUAUUAACAGUUUUGCCUAGAGAUCCUCUAGUUUGGUCACGGUGAUGUCAGUAAAUAAAUAAAAUGCAAUUUUUUGUUUACCAUAAAUUUUACUUGCCACUGGAAGU